AUGACGAAUUUUAACGAUCUACCGAUUGAAAUCGUUCGACUGAUAUUCGAAUAUUUCACAUCAGCUGAAAUUGUGCACAUAUUUUCUCCAAUCAAUCCGAAAAUGAAAGCCAUUGCUUAUUACAUGUUUUUGAACAUUGAUUAUGCAAAGCGAGCGGCGGCCCGAGAGAAAAAUUCGAAGAAUACAGAAUCUCUUGCUAUUACACAAAUCGAAGAUGAUGAUAUUGACUACGAACAAUUAUUCGAUAAUCCCGAAGUCAUAUUUGAAAAGCCAAAAUCGGAAGCCACUGUGAAAACAAAGAAACGAGUUCGUUUUGCUCCAAUGGCGGGAGAAGAUACUCCAACACCAACAUUACCCCGUCCACCAUCCAUCCGACCAACAUUUGACAUUGAAUUCGAUUUUGACUCGCUCGAAUCUCCAUCUAUUGAACGUACAAACGGUAUUUCUCAAAUGCCGGCUAAAUCAAACGAUUCAGACAAUUGGAAAAAUGCAUUUCUUAGCGAUUUACACAUCGCCAAAAAAAGUAAACCAACCAUUUUAUCAUCACCAUCCAUUGCACAAGUCGAAAGUAAAACAACGGAAGACACAUUGUGGGAUUUUAUGAAAGAAUCCAAUCCGGAAUUACUGGAAAAAUUGGAACGCACCAAUAACGACAAACAAAAUCGUCUCGAUCGAUUUGCAACUCAACAACCGACAUCAAUGAAUAAUACAACUGCAAAAAUUGUCAAAACAUUGCCUGAACCAGACAAUGAACAAGAAAUCAUCCCAUCGAAAUCCGUGCCACUACCUGAAUAUUCAUUAAAACAACAACCUGAACCAUUGAAUCUAUCGUUGGUUGAAAUUCGACUUGAAUACGAUGAAUUCAAUCAAACUCACGAAGAACUUCUUCUUUUUCUACUUCCAUAUCACAAAAUUCUUUGUCAAGAAAAACUUUGGCCACAAGAGUACAGUUUGACUUCACCUCAUAUAUCUCUUCAGUUAAUCAAAAACAUUUCCGAAAAUGUCAAUUCAUACCAUUUUCAUUCCAGUCGAAGUGAUAUUCUCAAGCAUUUAAUGUUUAUUUACACUGUCACUUCAUUUCUCUAUGUAUUCGCUUAUUGUUCAUUACAAACAGCCAUCCGCCAUGUGGAAAAUGUCAUUGUGCAAAACAUGAAGAACGUUUGCAUCGAUCAAGAACGUGGAAAACCUCUGUUUGAUUUGUUAACAAAAACUCAUGAAAAAUUCGAAAAUAUUCUUCAUCCAAAGAUAUUACAUAUUAAAAAUAUGUUCAUGGACUUUUUCAAUAAAAGACGACAAUUGAAUAUCAUGACCCGGCAAAUAUUUGAACCAAAAUUUCUUCUUCUUGUUCAAUAUGAAUCUGUUGACCUUCUACACGAUAUCGAAUAUGGUCUAUCAUCGAUUAUUGAACUUCAUCCGUACGUUUACGACAAACGAAAUAGUAUCAAUCGAGAUGAGCUGAACGAUUUAUUUAUGUAUCAUAAUAUGCUGAUUAUUCGCACACGGCAAAUCUCACCCGAAGUGAUACUUCGACCAAAGCGAUUAACAUUAGUAAUCGAGUACGAAUAUGGUGAACAAAUCUUACAGUGGUGUCGACUCUGUCAACAACAAAACAUUCCCUACAUAGCUUACAAGACGAUUUUACCAACAUUUAUUCCUUCUGAAAAGGAAGAAAUCAUUGAAGUAAAAGACAAAAUCUUUUCCCCAACUACAAAAGAAGAUCCUUUAACAUUACCUACCAUUGUCUUAGCUCGACCAUUAGUUGAUAAUUUCAAAUUAUUACGCACACUCGAGUGUCGACAUGAUAUUUCAAUCAUAACACGAGAUUAUCAUUUAUUAAACAUUCCAAUCGAUCAACAGCCUGAUAUUCUCAUAGAUUGGAGUACUUCCAUGUUAAUUUUUGAUCUGAAUACCAAACUUGAUAUUGAUCACGUACGACAAAAAAUUCAAUCGAUGACUCAUCAUUCCUGUCAUAUUCACAUAGCUAUCUUGACUAGUGGAUCAAUACCUGAUUUUAUUCUUUCAACAUAUAUCACACCAAUAACACAAUUAGCGAAACAAAUUCAAGAGAACGAAUCAAAUAUUGAUAUUCAAAUCAAAUCGUUCGGUAGUCUCGACGACUUUGCGAAUCAUGUCGCUCAAUUAGUACAACAGGAGCGCACUAUUAAAUGUCUGUUAACUCCAACGCCAUCAUGGAAUGAAAAGCUUCUACUUCGUCGAUGUUCCUCUUUAAAUAGCAUUAGUGCUCAAUUAAUUUUACAACGAGUGAAAAACAUCGAUUUAUCAUUAGUCAGUCUCGAUGUGUUAAUCAGUCAAUGUUCAGAAAUACCAACAACUUACUUAAAAACAUUUUUAUCAGAUAUGCAUAGAAGCAAUUGA